CUUACCGCAUUAUAUCAUUGAGAGAAUCUGGGUUACACGUGCGAGUCCAUUCAAAAGCAGCCAUGGUGAGCUCCUCACCUGAGUUUUCAAUAACCAAGCCAGGACUACAUCACCGCAAAAGGGACAAACCACUCCGCACCUACGGCAGGCAAACAUCAACGCCCGAGCAGAGUGAGCCGCCGUCCAAGAAGGCACGGAUAUCGGUGGAACGAGAGGGGCAGCAGCAGGAGAAAUCUGCCUCGACUCUCACCAGUGCCAAUGGCGGUACCAAGUCCGACGACGAUGCGGCGGUAGCAGGCGCAUCAGCGGUAGCAGCUCAUCAGCAAGAUGCUUCAGCUCAGAAUAAGACGGAGAAACCUGGAGAGUCUCUUAAAAGGGGCUCCAUCCUGAGCUACUUCAAACCAGCUUUACAACAAGUUCCACAAGCAGAUGCGCCAUCACAGCAGCUUCAAGACUCACCUCCUGAGAAAUCCUCUUCGCCCCCUCCGCCCACAAAACGAAAACCUCGACUUCUCAGAAUCAAAGCCACCACUCACAAAUCAUCCGAUCAAUCAUCAUCACAAGAACCAGACGAUAAUCCCGCCCCUCAAAAACGCCGCGGCCGACCACCUCUCAAAAGCCACAUAUCCAACACACACAAAGCGACAUCAUCAAACAAAGACACCACCACUUCACCCUCCUCAUCCCCAUCACCAACAAAGCAAUCCGCCAUCAAGCCGAAAAAGAAUAAACCGUCUUCUCCGGCUAUUCAGACCACGCUCAACAUCUCUGCCCAGGCCGCCUUCUCCGAAUGCAAAAUCUGCAACACCGUCUGGAAUCCCCUGUACCCGGAUGAUGUAAAGUAUCAUAUCAAGACGCACAAGGCCGUGCUGAGGGCGGAGAAGAAGCGAAAGACAGACGAGUUAUGACACCAG